AGGAGCGGAGAGGAGCUGAGCGGAGAGAAGAGGAGGAGAGGCACAGAGAGGAGCGGAGCGGAGAGGACCGGGUCUGCUGAGGAGCCUAGUGCUGAGCGGUCAGUCAUGCAGUCCUGCAGUUCUGCUCUCUGUAUCCUGAUCUUACUGACCAACACAUUCACUACUGUGUUUGAAUCAUCUUUUCCUUCUGUGGAGGUGAAUCUUCAUGACUCUGCUACUCUGUCCUGCUCUGAGAGAUGCUCUGGUUUGGUCAGAUGGUCUGUGCUCCAUAAACCCACUGAUACUCUGGCUGAGUGUGAUCAGACUUCAUGUAGAUCUAAGGAGGGAUAUCAGAUGAUCCAUGAUCAGUACCUGAAGGAGAAUCUCUCUCUCACCAUCACUGACGCUGAUUUCAGUAAGAGAGGGAGAUACACCUGUGACUGUGAUGGUAAAGAACUCUGUGAUGUGCAGCUACUUAUUGAGCCCUUGAACACUUCACUUCAGAUAAACCCUGGUGAAUCUCUGGUCCUGGAUUUGGAGAUACCAGAGGAAGUGGAGGUGAUUUAUAACAGUACAGGUGCAGCUGGACCAUCCAGUGGUCAGAUCUGUGCAGUGGAUGGACGGUCACUACAGUGUAAACUUGAAUAUAAGCAAAGAGUAUCGGCUGCUCUUCAGCUGAGAGGAGUGACUCCAUCUGAUAGUGGGGUUUAUACUGUAAUGGACAAAAGGAAUGAAGAGGUCAUUCACAUCUACACAGUGACCGUGGGGUCAGCAGGGGGAAGUGAUAAAGUGAAAGGUGACCAUCCAGAUCUGGACACAGAUAGAGGAGCUGCUGUUCCAGUGUGGGUGGCUGUACUGAUUGUACUGGUGGCUGUACUUGUAGCUGUGAUUGUGGUGUUAGUGGUGGUGAUUGUACGGCAGAGGAGAGAAAAUCAGCAGCUCCAGGUGAAGAUUGAAAGACUGAAAGUUGAACUGAAUGGACACCAGCUACUCUGA